AUGAUGGGCGUGCCGCCGCACAUGAACGUCGGCCCCGGGAGCAUGGGCGGGGCGGGGGGGGCGCCGAGGGAAGGCGGAGGCGCCGGGGGAGCGGGGGGCGGGGGCGGCCAAGGCUCGAGCAAGAGGCCCAGGGUCUCCAGCGCCAGCGGGAACGGCAACAUGCCGGGCGGGAGCGGGGCUGACGGCGGCGGGAGCAGCCCGGCCGGAUCGGCGGCCGUCGGGAACGGGAACAGCAACGGCGGCAGCGGCGGCGGGGGGGGAUCGUCAACCAGGGGCGGCGGCGGCGGCGGGGGGCGCUCCGGCACGCCCUCCCAGCAGAUGGAAGAGGCCCCCCCGAUGCCCCCGGCGCUGAACACCGGGAUGAGCCAGAUGAUCGUGACGCGGCCGGGCACCGGCGGGGAGGGGGCCCCGCGGAGGGGACUCGGUGACCGGGGCCCGAGCUUCGGUUUCGGCGCGAUGCCUAGCUUUGCGGAGGCGGGCGGGCCGGGGGGGGGAGUGCCCGGCGGGGCGGCGCCGUCGGCGGUUCGGCUGGCUCACGAGCGGUCGCUACCGACAGGGGUGACUGACCCCGCGGAGGUGAGCGUGUACUUCAUCUUGGCGAAGGGAUACCUGUCUCACGAGCUGGGCAUGCUCGGGUUCCCCGCCUACGACCGCAGCCAACUCCUCCUCGGCUUUUACAAGGAGGUGCAGAGCACAGCCGGCCAGACUCAGGUGGUGUUCAUACCGGCUCAACGCAUCCCCAACUUAGACGACAGGGAUACCGCAGCCACGACCGAGAUCCUCCGCGAAGAGAUGAGGAAGGGUAGCCAGUCAAUCAUCAGCUACGAGAACUGUAACGGCUCUCUGCCGAAGAUGCGGGAAGACGCAUUCAUGUACUACUGGAGCAAGAGCAUGAUCAUCGACAUGGAGUCUAACGAGGCGCCGGAGCAGCAGGGAUCUGUCUGA